AUGUCCAGGAAAGGGAGUGGAGUUACUAAUUCUUUUGCUUAUAACGUGUAUGGGUUUGUACUAGCACUACAAGUGUGGAGCUAUGAGAUCAUUCAAAACUUGGUCCCUAAAUUCGCCACAAGGAAAGACGUUGAUGGCCCUUUUCGCCCAAGGAUACUGUUGUAUCAAUCGAAAAGGAAGAAUACAUUUCAGGAGAUGCAAUCUGCCUUUAACAACGCCGUGUUUUCUAAGAUGCAAGAGUCCUCCGAGGAGACGAGUUUGUACAGUGGGGAGGAUUUUGAACACAUUAACAAUUCAUACGAUGAUUUCAAAGCAGCCAUCAAGCGUCGUAGCCUGCGUAACAUGAGUCCCCCAUCCGCAACUUCAACACCUCCAUCAUCACCUCCACGUGAACCUGCACCGGCAUCUCAUGUUCAGAUAAAGGAUGCUGAAGUGGGGAAGAAGGUUGGGAAGAAGAAAGACGAAAGUGACGAAGAUGAACUGGAAAUAGUGAAUACUCCUCCUCCUCUUCCUAAGAAAGUCAUAUUGGUCACGCGAAGGAAUAGGAGGCCGAAGAAUGAUCCAGAUUUCACCGACCCCAAUCUGAAACAGCCCAAGUUAAAAGAUCCUAUCACCGUCAAUCCACUUCUAAAAUAUGACGAUCAACUUCUUCAUCAAUUGCAAACAUGGCUUAAAGAUCCAAACACUGACAACAACAAAAUUGAGCUCCAUACUAUAUUAGGUGAUAAGGCAGUAUUUCGCCGAAUGCUAAAAAGGUUCACCUGGCUCACUGAUGAUGAAAUCGAUGCAGGUUGCUUCAUUCUGAGAAGAAGAGCUUGGGUAUAUCCAAAGACAUAUAAGAAGAACUUCUUUAUUGGAGAUUGUUGGCUCCACACCAGGUUCACUGCUGAGUACGUUGCGUUUAACAAAAGUCGUAUUGAGUUUGACAUUGAAAACUUUUUCGAAUACUUCUUGGGCGAUGAAAGCAACUAUAGGAAUAGUUGGAAAGUAUGCGAUGAUAUAUAUAUUCCUUUGAACAUCAAAGACGUCCACUGGAUACUUUGUGUUGUCCGUCUACAGCAAUGGCGCGUAGACGUAUAUGACUGCGAUCCUGGAUGUUAUGCUAAUCUUGAUGAGUUUGUGCUACCGAUGUGCCAAAUGAUUCCGGUUAUAUUUGACAAGGCAUUGCCUCUUGAAGAUAAACAAAGAUUUCCCCUGCUCAACCCUGAUUCCGUUUUGCCAUACACAAGACGUCCAGAGUCAGAAGUUCCCAAAGCAACUAAGAGUGGAGAUUGUGGUGUAUUUGUACUAAUGUAUAUUGAGUACUUGACUGCAGGUCUGAAUCUACAAGAAGUGACCUCAAAUGAGAUGAAAGCUUGGAGAGAAAAGUGGGCAGUGAGGUUAUUUCAUGGAAUUGUAGAUCCAUAG